CGUCUGUAUGACGAAAGAAACGCAGUACUGUUGAAGUGCCUGUGGCAAGAGUGUCGCGAGCGGGAAGAGGGUGUUGUGAUUAACAAUGCCGGUGGUGCUGCUGGACCGCUUACCGCUGCCAAGUUUGCGAGCUUACACUUUUAUUAGCUUAUUACUUGUGUCGUGUUCCGUGUAUUAUGCUGUGCAAGUUACAUCUGAUCCCAAGUGGAGAGCAAAUGCAACGCUGGCAAGUGAAGGGACUGGUGAAACACCCCGUGACACCGUGGAAAGAACUGUGGAGGAACCUAACUUGACCUUAUUCCAGUACCUGACGCAGUUGGUGGUGUUUAUGGUGCAAGAGCCACUUUGCAUAUGGACGCUGAUAAACAUGGCGUACUGCGUGCUGAUCCUAGUGGGCAAGGUGAUCCAGAGGCUGGUGUUCGGCGAACUCCGCGUCUCCGAGCAGCAGCACAUCAAGGACAAGUUCUGGAAUUUUGUCUUCUACAAGUUCAUAUUCGUCUUCGGCGUCAUCAACGUGCAGUAUAUGGAUGAAGUGGUGCUCUGGUGCGCCUGGUUUUCCGUCCUCGGUUUCCUGCACUUGCUCGCGCAGCUUUGCAAGGACCGCUUCGAAUACCUCUCAUUUUCACCAACUACACCAACAUGGAGCCACUUCCGCUUGCUGGCACUUUUGCUUGGCAUCUUGAUGCUGUCUGGUGUCCUGUUCAUAGUCUGCAUACUUGUUGGCUUUUUUGGCAGUGGUCUCAACACCUUUGCGUUCAUGGUUGCAGAGUGCAUACAACUGACAGUUCAGACACUGCACACAGUGCUGCGGUACUGCCUGCACUUGUAUGACCUCCGGGGGAGUGGAGCUGGUACAGGUGGUAGCGGCUCUGCAGAAGGCUUUGGAGAGGCAAGAGUGUGGGAACGACGUGGCCCUGCUGCUUACUAUGCGCAGCUCAUAUUUGAACUGGCAGCACUUGUUGUAGACUUGUUACACCAUCUGCACAUGUUGCUCUGGUCAAAUAUUUUCCUUUCAAUGGCAUCACUUGUCAUCUGUAUGCAGCUGCGUUACCUCGGCCAUGAAAUCCAACGAAGACUCAAGAGACAUCGAAACUACCUGUGGGUGCUUAGACACAUGCAGCAGAACUAUCCUAUGGCAACACCAGAAGAGCUUGCCGAAAAUUCUGACAACUGUGCAAUCUGCUGGGAGAAGAUGGAAUCUGCAAGGCGUCUGCCAUGUUCUCAUCUCUUUCACAAUUCUUGUUUGCAGUCGUGGCUGGAGCAAGAUACUUCAUGUCCAACAUGCAGACUGGCUUUGAGCAUACAGGGUCCAUCUGAUGGCGGUAGUCGCAACCAGAUGGAACUUGUUCCUCCUGAUAACACUCCUGCCACAAGGAGACAGCCAAACAACCACUUCUUCCACUUUGAUGGUUCACGAUAUGUAUCGUGGCUGCCUAGCUUUUCGGUUGAAGUGACGCAUACCAUAUUGAUGAGGCCUGAUCAGAGGCCACUUCCUGCUCAGACAUCACAGUUAGAUUCUAUGGCAUUGCAGGUACAACAGCUAUUUCCAAACAUGCCACUCCCAACAAUUGUGGAGGACCUGCAGGUUACUCGGUCUGUUGAACUGACAGUUGAAAAUAUCCUUGAUGGGAGGCUUGUGGCACCAUUGCAGCCGGCAGCAUCACAAACACCUGCUAUUGAGCCUUCCCCACCAGUCUCUGCUCCACUGCAUCAUACGUUUAGGGAGGACGAUGAUCAUCCUCAUAGUAGUGGUAUGCCGGACAUAGCACUCUCAGGGGGCCGCUUCUCAAAAUCUCCAACCGAGCGGGAGCGAAUUUUACGUCUACGGAAGGAACAAUUACUGAACACUGCGCGCCGUCGUUACAUAGAGAGGCGAGGAGGAUCGAGUGCGUCGCCCAGCGCUGGCUCCAGUGGUAGCACCUGACGGGUAUUCGGAGCCACGGGGGUCGGUGCACGGGCCACUGUCCCGGGUGUCUCAAAUGCUCGACUGCUGAGAGCAAGGGCUGGGCUCGUGGCAGCAGAGCAUAUGCGGCACACCUUCUCCUGCAGGCUCUCUGUUAUGACCCCACCUCCGCCCUAGGUAGUCGUGUACUUCAUGCACUGAAAAGGAACUGAUGGACUUGGUUAGAAAAUGGAAAGUGGCCACUCACAUUUACAGUGACUGGUUACUCAUUUUAAAAAUGAACUAACUUUCUAAAAUGUAAAAUUUCAUGUGGUGCUUCUUUUAAAUGCAGCAGAUUUUUCAACAAGUAAAAAAAUUUCUUUAUUAGCAGUAGUUAUGAGGGGAUGUAUUGAACUGCAUAAUAAUGCUUGUGCAGAAUUAAACUUUGAAUUCAUUUCUUGUGGUUCUUAGACUAAGAUACUUGUUGGAUGAGAAUUAGUUUAAAGUUGACAUAGAGGAUUUGUUGUAACAUAAAAUUAUUAGAAUUGUUUCUCUGAACUAGUUGUAAUAAUUAUAUUGAGAACAGUGAACUCAUAUUUCUGCAGAAGUUAUUCCAUAUCACAGUUAUCUAUUCCGUCUUCAUUGAGAAAAAGUAUAUUACCUAUUUCAGGUAAUAAAUUACUUGUAGAAUUGCAUGACAAUAUUCUACAGUUUUUGUCCAUCACAGGUUGUUGGUGGAGAACAGUGAUGUUUGAUUCCUCAGCAAAACCUUAACUUAAAGCUGUGGGGAAAGAUUGAAUGCAUUGUUAAAAUGAAGGCUGCAUUUAAAGGACUGUGUGAAUGUGAGUGACCAUUUCCAGUAGGUUGCUGAUGCUUGAUAUCAUACCACUGAGACACAUGUUCCAUUAUUUUGUUACCUUAUUGUCCAAUUACGGAGGUCAGUUUGCAUCAGUUUAUUGUAUACAUGGUUGUAAGAACUGUUUUAUUCAUUCUCCUUUCCUUGCCAGCCAGGAAUUGAAAUAUGGGUUAGUUGGUUGGUUUAGUGUCAUGUUGUUUUGAAAUCAUCUUUCCUUUUGUUCCUUGUGUAAAUGAAAGUGGAUACAACCAAUUUUUACCCUUAGAGAAUAAUAGUGUUAAGAUCUCACUGUCUGAUUAUGUUGGUUUGUGGGAGAGUAGUGGAAAAACUUGUCUGAAUUGGUUACUUUGAGCUUUUGUGGUUAUUUUAGUACUCCUUUAUGAAAGAUGUCCCAAGCACUCAGUACCUAUAGAAACGAUGAUGUAUAUCCACUUAAAAUGCCUUAUUAUGUAGCACUCCCUUAUAAAAUGGGAACUGCAGACACAAUGUUUUGUAUAUGGGCAUACAGUAAAAGUUCCGAAUUGCUUAGAUUGAAACAAAUGAACGAUUAUGGUGUCUGUUUCUUGGCAUAAUUAUAAAAGUUUCACAAUAGUUGAGUAUCAAAAAAGUUCAAACAGGAGAAACUGUUGUUGAUGAUUAUACUUAUUUUCCCGACUUAAACUAAUUUUUUACCUUUUACUUGCCUUUAUAUAGGGUCAAAUAUUUCUAAGAUAACAGCUGGGACAAUGGAAAACUGACUGUGGAGAACACUGUGUUUAAUUUUUUCCUCUGUAGAAACCCAUUUAAAGAGAUUGCUCCUGAAGUGAAAUGCCCCCAGAUGUCUACCAUAACUAUCUUCUCGUGCUCCCACAAUUGUUUUUUUUUAUUAUUAUUUUGGCUGAGACUUGUGGACAAGAUUUUAGAUAGGUUCAUAACUGCUGUUAAGUCGAAAAAGUAUUGAGCGAACUUGUAUUCUGUGUUUAUACUUGGUAAAUAGUAAAUGAAUUAUUUAUUUACAACACUAAGAUCAACUUGACAAAUUAUACUUGAAAACAGGGGACGGACACACACACACACACACACACACACACACAGAGAGAGAGAGAGAGAGAGAGAGAGAGAGAGAGAGAGUACCAUAGGAACAAAUAAAUUCAUGUACAAUAUUGGGAAUUUACUUUAUCUCACUGAUGUGAAAGCAGUUACUAUUGUACAUUUCAACUUCAUGCUAUGUAUGUGUACUUCUGACAAUUCAAAAAUGUUUUAGUAGUGAUUAUGUUGCUGCUGUCACAAAUAUGGGAUUACAUUUACGUUUUGUUGUUGCUUAUAAAAUAGCGUAUCCUGCAGCCCUUACAACUCACUUAUUUUGCAUAGAGUUGAAUGCUUUAUGUUAACUGUUAAGACAAAGUAACACCACCAUAUCUAUUCUGGUAUGUGAGCUUUUUGUGCUGCUGCCAGUGAGUUCAUGUAAUAUCUUGCAUAGUGUAAAUAAAUAUUUGUAUUAUACUUUGUAUAUUUUAAGCAUGAAGUUCUCAGUGGAUGUCAUAAUAGUUAGGUAUUGCUUGUAUCUGGAUAAGACUGAUGUAGAUAAAUUUGGGAUAGAA